CUGGGCAUAAUCUCUUCGUUUGGUCCCUACGUGCCGAGUUUUCCUUUUUGUCUAUUUGCCGUCUCCAUUGUUUUUGCUCUAAACCUGCCCUCGUCCGACAAAAACAUUGGCUCUCGCUGGAAAACUCUUGUCAAUCCGUGUGUGCCAAAAUUCCUCCCGAGCAGUCUGGUGGCUGUCUGUCUGGGUUGAUCGCUAUUUUGUGGGCAGACCUUGCAGUCCUAAAAGCAAAGUCUUGAACGGACACCCGGCUGUUUACUUCCGAGUUGAGGCACCCUUUGCACUCCACCGCUUCUCUUGCAGUUCACUCUUGCCAUACGCGACGGUGCUUGGUUGGGAAAAACAAAGGUCCUGCACCCCGACAGUAUACCUGACGCAAGUUCCGCCCGAGACGUUCACGGCCGGUAGCUUUAGCGUGUCACUGGGCCGGGAACACUCCUGGCGCCUUGCCAAGUCGCCCUAACAACUGGAGACGACAGCUCAACUCGUAUACCGGCCGGGCUUCCUAUUCCUAGGUGCAACAAAGCUCUCCUAGCUUGACGGCGCCGGGCCAUACAACUACGCCGGGAAGCCGUCUUGUUUUUGAGACUCUUGUGUUUUCCUGUCCCGGAGGUCACAACAUCCACAGCGAGGCAGUCAUGUCGGAAACAGCUUCCAAAGCGCUGCCGCCACAAUGGCGGAGCGAACACGUCUUCAAGGUGCCGGAAUGGGUUGAGCCAGUGGCCAUUGUUGGCAUUCUUUUUGGCGCCAUGUACAUAACUCGGAGGCGCAACUUCUCCAUACUCCGCAAAGGCGUUUAUGAACGCCUCUCGUCGAACGCACCGUCACCGCUACCUCGAUCGCCCCGGUCAUCGACCUCUUCCGAUGGCGAGGCCCUCCUCGCAGCCGACCUGCGGCGCGCAAACCGCGAGCCGAACUAUCCCCCGAAGCUCCGCCGGAUAUUUAACGUCUGGACGGUGCAGACGCCCAACUCGUCGCGCUUCGCCCAGCACUGGCACUCGCGGGUGCUGCAAAAGUUCCCGUUCCUCAUCGAGAUGUUCUACUGGAUCCUCACCUACUUCUUCUACCGCAUGACGGCCGUGCUGUCGCAGGUGUGGUACGGUGGCACCAAGGGGCUGUGGGAUGUUGCGCAAGGCCACGGCAUCGCGCUGCUGGAGCUCGAGGCGAGGGUCUUUGGCGCCAGCGGUACCACGGGGACGGAGCGGUGGAUGGAGUGGAAUCUGCAGCAGUGGUACCUCCAGGGCGCCGAGGCAGGGGACUGGAGAGGCAUCUGGCUCACUGUGCUCAACCGGUCGUAUGCGCUGAUUCACAUCCCCGGAACUGUCGGGUUCAUCGCAUACUACUACUGGGCCGCGCCGACACAUGCCCGCUUCGCCACCGUCCGCCGGACCAUGACCCUGCUCAACCUCUUCGCCUUCCUAAUCUUCAUCAUGUACCCCUGCAUGCCGCCACGCCUCCUCCCUCGCGAAUACGGCUUCGUCGACACGGUCAACGCCGAGGAUGCCGAGUCGGUCUGGAUGAGCGGCAAGUACGUCAACAAGCUGGCCGCCAUGCCCAGCAUGCACUUUGGAUAUGCCUUUUGCAUCGGCUGCGUUUUCGUGGUGGAGUCGGGCGUACUCUCGGGCCUACGCAGACGGACCAGCCGCGCACUGUUCGGCUACAACGACGUCGAGACGGCCAAGGCCACCGUGGAGCUCGGCGGCGGCACCUAUGGGGGCGACAACGAGGGAUGCGGCACCAUGGCCGACGCGGAAAAGUCGUACCGCCGCCCGGCCUGCGCGCGCAUGUUCUUCUUCAUCCUGGGCGUCUGGUACCCGAGCUGGAUCCUGCUCUGCAUCAUGGCGACGGCGAACCACUACCUCCUGGACGCGAUCGCCGCGGCGGGCGUGGUGCUGAUGGCAUACCUGUGCAACAGGGUGCUCUUUGUCUUCCUGCCGCUCGAGGACUGGCUCCUCUGGGCUCUGAGGUUGGAGAAGCCAGUACCGACGACGGGCUGGGUCAAGAGGGAUAGGGGUAGGACGAUCCGCUGAGCAGCGCCUCGUGCAAUCUUGUGAUUUUAUUUGAUGAUUGACUGCGCUCUCCUCUCUUGGCUGUAUCCUGAUAUCAAUCAGCCUCAUCAUAUUCUACGACGAAGUUAUUGCUUCGGGCAUUCGUCAACCUAACGACACCUCAUCGUUUAGAAACACAUAAACACAUCGAUCCCGCUGGUCGCAUACAACGGCAUCUGCAUCCAGCGAGUUUCAAUCGCAAAGCAUGAAAGCGUACGUAUCUGCAGCCUUUUAGUACGGCGGCAGAUUUGGGUUCACUUCUUUUUUCGAUUGUUAUUAUUCCACUGAUAUACCUCGGGAGGAUGCCAGCGAAAGGAAUGCAGUUGUCUUGUAUCACUUCACAGCAGGCCAUGUUGGAUAUUGCAGACAUUUGUUCGUUUUCUUUUUCGCAUGAUACCUCUCUGUGUGGCAUAGCUUCUAUUUUAUCAUGUUCUUGCUCAUUUCCAUUUAUUUGCUCAUGUUGGAGCAUAAUGAAGUCAUAUAAUACAGUUAUUGAAAUAAGCCCUGAAGC